AUGGCCUCGUUAUUAAAGGGCGUCGGCUUCAUCACCGGCGCAGCAUCAGGCAUCGGCAAGGCCACGGCCUUCUCCUUCGCCCGGCACGGCGUCAAGGCUCUGGCCAUCGCCGACCUGAACGCAUCGGCCAUCAAGGACGUGAGCGCCGAAAUCAAAAAGUCCUUCCCGCAGGUCGAGGUGCUGCCGCUGCAACUCAACGUCGCGGACGAGAAGCAAGUCGACUCGGCCAUCGCCCAGGCCGUCAGCCAGUUCGGCCGCAUCGACUACGCCGUCAACAACGCCGGCAUUGGCGGCGCCCUGGCCCAGUCCACCGACCUCGCCGCCUCCGACUGGCAGAAGGUCUUGGACGUCAAUCUGAGCGGCGUGUGGUUGACUUCGAGGGCCGAGAUCCGCCAGAUGUUGAAGCAGGAGCCGCUGGAACCGAACUCCCACCGAUACGGCCGAGGCGCCAUCGUUAACAUGGCCUCCAUCCUGGGCGUCGUCGGCGCCGCCUCCUAUACCCCCGUCGUGGCGUACGCGGCGUCCAAGCACGCCGUGCUGGGCCUGACCAAGACCGACGCCCUGUCGUACGCGAAACAGGGCAUUCGCGUCAACGCAAUCUGUCCCGGCUACGUCGCCACCCCGCUGCUGUCAGGCGAGAUCGACCUCGGCCCGCUGCAGAAGGAAAUCGACCGCACGCCGCUCGGCAGGCUGGCCGACCCGGAGGAGAUCGCUGACUCCAUCACCUUCCUGGUGUCGCCGCUGAGCAGCUACAUGCAAGGCGCGGCCUUGCUUGUUGACGGGUGA